ACAAUUGUUUGGUAUACACUUGCCUAUUAUGUUGCGAUAGUUGUUAGGUAAUGUUAUUUCUAGUUAAUAGCGACUUUAAAAUGCUAUCCUCUUUAAGUACCACAUUACAUGUGCGGAUAAGAAAUACAUGACUGACGUUUUAUUUCAUAGUUAAAAAUGAAGUAGACCACCAUCUGAAUCAGAUCGUUAUUCACUUCUUCUCUAUUCGUUAUGACGCGUCCCGUUUUGCACCGAACACUAUCAAAGUACAUGCAAUUUUUACUAAUAAAGUGGAAAACUAUGAGUCUUUUUUAUUCCCUCCCCUAUUCCUUUGAUCCUUGGCUAAUCAUAUUUCUAUUGCAGGUUUUUAUUUUUUUUUUUUCAUUUUUUUAG